AUAUGUAAUUAUCGAGCGUGUUGGUCGUUUAAUUAUUGUUUGUCAUUUUCCUUGAGUGUGGUCCUCCAUAAUGUUCUGGUUAUCAUUUUUAUCCAGUGCAUUUUAUAAUACAAUUGUCACUACUGCCAUAUACAUCCAUGAGCCUUCACAUUCUGUGCUGUUACCUCCAGUAGACCAUCCUGGUGAUUUUGGCUAUUCUUUAGCUUUCUUUGCCAAAACCGACAGCCUGCUUGUUGGGGCCCCACACAUAGAUUUGGAUGGAGCAGUUUACUCUUGUUAUAAUAUAACGAAAGAUCCUCAGUGCCGAAAGAUACAGAGGAUGAAUUUAAGUCAAGGAAAUAGAGAAAAUAGUCCUAAUCAACAUUAUUGUUUGGGAGCAUCACUAUCUGCUGGAAAAAAUUAUUUCGUCACAUGCGCUUCAUUAUUAACGAAAACGGUAGAAUUGAAUGAAGGUGAAGACCCUGUAUUUGGAGCCUAUGGUACAUGCUUCUAUUCUAAUGUGAACAGAGUGACAGAAUAUAAGGGACUCCUAAAACAGUAUGAAGAGAACAUGAAUAUGGGUACACCAAUCGUACAGGAAGCAGAUGAUAUUUACGGUGGUGUUGGGUGGACCACUCUUCAGGAUGAUGCUAAUAAUUUAACAUUGUUUGCUAAAUCAGCGCUGAGCAGUAAUAUUGAAUACGCGGAUCACAGCUAUUCUCUAACGGAUUCUGUGAAAAAAGCUGAUUUGACAGGGAUUAGCAGGUCACUGAUGUACAUAGGACGCGCUCUAGCAGCAGGCCGGUUUGUGAAAGGUUAUGGUACCGUGUAUGCUUUCAGUAUGAACAACAAAUAUCAACGUGGAUCGAUUGCGUUCUUAGAAUAUAAACCGAAUCAGCAUAUUCUAAAAUUGCUAAAACUUAAUGAUAGGCCAUUGAGAAUAGAUUCGCCAUCUGAAGGAGACAUAUUUGGAGCCACUCUACAUGGAGUGAAUAUCUUGAAAAGUGAUAUAUAUGACGAGUUACUAGUUGGUGCGCCGGCUCAAGAUUGUCUUGAUAAUGGUUAUGAUGUCGGUGCGAUAUAUAUAUACGCGGCAUAUGAAGGCGAAGGGAAAAGUUCUCGUUCGCCAAAACUUCAAAUAUGUGGAGUUACUGAUGGAUCAAGGUUUGGCACUGCUAUUACUUCAUUUGAUCUGGAUGAAGAUUCAAUUCCAGAGAUUAUUGUAAGUGCUCCUUAUGAAGAUAGUAUGGGAUACGUGUACAUUAUGUCUGGUGUAGAAAUAUCACAGAUUUUGAAGCGAAAAAAACUAGAGACACAGAAGAAAAUAUUUUUAACCGAGCUGGUAUUUACGCAAAAGAUAAGAAGUGGAGUAUACAAAGGCUUCGGUUUCAGUCUCCAAAUGGUGAAUAAUAUUGAUGAAAAUGGAAAAAGCGCUUUGGCGGUCGGAUCUCCUGGUAGCGGUCGUGUGAUAGUAUACAAAAGCAUCACCCCUGUAUCUCUUAAUGUGUCUUCGCAUCUGUAUGGCAUAAAGACUGUACGGGAAAAGGACGAUAAUUUUACUGUUCGUGUGGAUGUAAAUUUAACAUAUCCACUUAAGUCCGAUUUGACUAAUGCAAAACUAUUACUAAUGGCUGAAAUAAAUGGAGAUGCUGUCAGUCUUGAUAAAAGUUUUAUAACAAGAGAUUUAUCAGAGAAGAAAACUGAAUUAAGUGUCAAUUUUACAGCGAUACUCAGUACACAUGACCGAGGCAUUUAUAAAUUUAAAGUUAAAGCAAUGGUUGAUGAAGACGCUUGGAGGCGCAAAGAUUACGAUAAUUCACUAAUAUCGUUAACUCCCUUGAGUAUAACUGAAGCAUUUGUUGAAAUAACAAGACUGUGUACGGGAGAAGAUUGCACACCAAAAUUGUCUGCAGCGAUCGAUUGGUCCGGAGGAAAACAAUACUAUAUGUUGGGUUCGACAAAUAAUGAAACAGUGGAUGUCCGUAUACGUAAUGAUGGAAAUUCAUCGUUUGAGUCUUGUGCUUGGAUAGAAGUUGUCGGUGCUCAGGUCCAAAUACCUAAAUGUGAUAAGCCACAGGGUGCUUGGUACAGAUGUAGUUUAUUUCAAUUCGACAGAAAGGAAACGCGCCUCAUAACGAUAAGUCUGGACAUGAGCAAGCCCUCGAGCAAAGAGAAGAAGUUGAGAGUCAGGGUAGAGCUGUUCAAUAAUUGUGUAGCAAAAACUGAGCCCACGGGGAAAGCAGAGCUCGAAGUAAAGUAUCUGCUAAACCCAAACGAGGUUACUGUAAAUAGUUCAACAAGCAACCGGAACGUGACAGAAACAGACUUACAAAAUGAAAAUAUUCAUGUGAUUGAUGUUCAUGAAUCAUAUACGAUAAGUAACAAAGGACCAGUGCUUUGGAAAUCUGCCAUAGUUCAAUUUAUAUCUGAAGAUCGUCCAUUCAUUGAAAAUUUCACGAUAAAUUCUCCAGAGUUAUAUAAUUGUAAGGGUAUAAAUGAUUCUAAAAUCGAGUGCUUGGUGGAUAUUAAGCCGCUUGCAGUUAUUAAGGUUGUAUCCACAAUCUCAGUCUUAAAGAAGAAUUUAGUUAACAAACCCUGGAACAUAACAACUCAAUUUAGACUAUCAUUGAAUGAGAAUUUGGAAGUUAAAAAUGGAACAUUGGUGACUCAUUUGAUUUAUCAAAAUGACAUUACUCUAGGACAGAAUAUGAACCUUGUUCUCAUAAUUUCCUGUUUAGUUGCUGCGCUCUUACUGAUUAUAAUAAUUGGAGUUCUGUUUAAGGUUGGCUUCUUUAGGAGAAGGCAAAAAGAGGUCUUGAUAGAGCUGAGGAAAGAACUUAUUCAGAAAAAUAGAGUUCCCCAACCAGAGUCGGAUUCAACACAUUUAAAUGAUCACAGCAAUUUAGAAGUUUUGGAAUUCUGCAACAGUACGGCGUUACAAGAUGAAAAUAACAGCUGUGAUGAUAGAGUUGGAGAGGAUCGUUCUUCUUUGAUUGUAGAUUCAAAAUGAUCGCGAGAAAAUAUUUAAAGCAAAGGAAUUAUAUGUUUGACUUUAUUAUUUUCACACAAUAUUUAUUCGGAAAACCAACAAUCGCACAAAAGCAUACCUAAGUGUGCAGAUAACUUACAGGGUUAUGUGUCAUUGAAUAUGAUAUAUAAUUCUUAGGUUGGGUUGAAUCAUAUUAGCUGUUAUAGUUAAGGUAAAGCUGACUUUAAAAUAUACUGCGGAAUGUGUUGCCCCAUAGUAUUCCUUGGCAUAGUAAAAGUUAAAAUUAAAAAGUGAAAUAUCAAGUCAAUAUCGAAUAUUUAUUUUUGACAGGUUGCUAUUUAACAUUAACAAUAUCUUUAACCGGUGAAUAUUGGAUGGUUACGAUUAAUAGUUAAAGUUAUGACGUCGCCUGAAAAUGAUCAAAUGUUGCGACACAUUUUUUGCUUAUCCGCUACUUUAACAUGUUUGUUAUUGCUACAGUUAGUUGGUACAACCCAGCCUAACUAUAUUAUAUAAUUUGGUUUACAUUCGUUGAUAAUGUUCGUGAAAAUUUUAGCAUUACUAAAAUGUAUUAAAUGUACAAAUAAUGUAAAUUGUUCAUUAAUUGACGAUACAUACAUUUAAUAAAUUUUACAACAUUUAUUUAUAAAGUCUUCCAGUCUAUUAGCACCACUAUUGAUAUUUAAAAAAAAAUUGUCAAUAAAUAAUGUAGCUCUUAUCUUUAUACUGUCAGAUUGUUGUUAUGUAAGCGUGGAAAGGGCUCCUUUAUGAUAAUGCAAUGUUGUGUUAGUUGUAAGAAAAAAAUGUUAAUAUUUAGAAAAAAAAAUAUAAGUUUGUCAAGACA